UGUUCCUGUGUGAUGCCCACACGCAGAAAUGACCACUGAUCAGGAUCUGCCUAUGGACGGCCAGUCAGCCACAGCCGCGUUCGAUGCAAAGGGCAUUGAUGUAACGCCGAAUAAAGACCAAGGAGUUAUCAAGUCAAUCGUGAAGCCUUUCUUUCCUGUCUGCAGGUUGUGAGGUGUCAGGGGAUAGAUGGAGACCAGCCAAUGAUUGGGGACAGAGUGACUGUCCACUACACUGGGAAGCUGCUCAACGGGAAGAAGUUUGACUGCAGUCGAGAUCGCAAAGAACCUUUUUGCUUCAAUGUGGGAAAGGGACAAGUCCUGAAGGCCUGGGAUGUCGGUGUGUUGUCCAUGCAGAGAGGAGAGGUUUGCACGUUACUGUGUAAACCAGAGUAUGCUUAUGGAAUCGCUGGUAAUCCCAACAAAAUUCCUCCCAGCUCUUCAGUAGUGUUUGAGAUGGAGCUGCUUAAGUUUGAAGGAGAGAUGCUUACAGACGAUGGCGGCAUCUUAAGAAGGAUAAAGGUCAAAGGGGACGGCUAUAACAACCCCAACGAUGGAGCAAGUGUUGACGUGCACCUGAAAGGAAGCUGUGGUGGCAGACUGUUUGACUGCAGGGAUGUCAGCUUUAUUGUGGGUGAGGCUGAAGAUAAGGGUGUUCCCCUUGGAGUGGACCGAGCCAUGGACAAGAUGCAGAAAGGAGAGUGCUGCAUACUUUACUUAAAACCAAAGUAUGGCUUUGGAAGCGAAGGUAAACCGGAGCACAAAAUUGGACCAGACAAAGACAUCACAUACGAAGUUACCCUCAAAGACUUUAAAAGGGCUAAAGAAUCCUGGGAAAUGGACUUGAAUGAAAAGCUGGAUUUGGCUGUUGGAGUUAAGCGUAAAGGGAAUCAGUAUUUUAAGGCAGGGCGGCACUGCCAGGCAGUCAUCCAGUACCAGCGCAUCGUUUCCUGGCUAGAAAUGGAGUGUGGCUCUGACAGAGAGCAGCAGAAGAGGAUACAGGACUUUAUUCUGACGUCACACCUCAAUUUAGCGUUGUGUUUCCUGCGGAUAAAAGAGUUCUCACAAGUGGUGGAGAACUGCAACAAGGUGAUCGAGCUCGACGAGAGCAAUGAGAAGGCUCUGUAUCGUCGUGGGGAGGCUCGUCUCCUCCGUAACGAGUUCAGCCUGGCCUUGGCAGACUUUCAGCGAGUGCUGCAGGUCAACCCCUCAAAUCGAGCAGCUCGCGCUCAGAUCUCCAUCUGCCUGAGCAAGAUUAAGGAACAUCACGAGCAGGACAAGAAGACCUACGCCAACAUGUUCCAGAAAUUUGCAGAACGGGAUUCCGAGACUGGGAAGACUAGGAGGAGGCGGGACGAGAGCGCGAGGAGCGGCAUGAACGGUGAAAUGGGCAUUAAGCGGCGGCGGAGGAGUCAGGACUGUCCGUCGUAACAGUGACAUUUGAAAGGGAGAAAAAGAAUGGCAUGCCUCUCUUUGCUUUCCAAGCCCUGGGAGCAGAGACGGGAACAAAGUCGCAUAAAGGCCUCUAAUCCAAACCUCUUCAUCCCAAAAUCCAACGUUACCAUUCCUGCAUAUAAAGCAGAGAGCUAGCAGGGACGUUUGCAAGCCAAACAGCAUUUUCCCCGUCACACGGACUGUGCGACUGCCAGGACGCACCUCCCAGCGGAGUUAGGACUGCACAAUCAGUCAGACUGGUGAACGCUUCUAGCCCCCACUUUUAUUUUGAAAAAAAAAAACAAAAAAAACAAUCUAAUUUAUUUAUUGAAAAACAAAGAGGAUUCCGUUUGAUUUGUAAUUAGGCCGCUGUGGAGAGCUGAUGUGUGCCCCCACAGUGUGUUUCUAAUUCCAAAACUUUACUCUGACUUGCAUUUGGUAUUAAGCCUUUUCUCGGGCAGCUGCAUGCAUGUAUCAUGAGGUGUUUGGGAUUCAGACUUGAAACCUUGCUUUUUUUUUAUGUGCACUAUGUACUUGGAUAAGAAGUGUAAAAAAGCCCCGUUAGCUAAGUGGUAUUUUAAACGAACACAUGAUCAGUUCUACUUUUCUGUGCGAGCGUGUCACAGUCUGCCUCUCUGUCGCUCCCUGCAGACACAUUCCCAGCUCCUCAAACCACUGCCGUGCUCUUCCUGUCCUCCCGAUGCUUUACCCCCUUCCCCCAUCACCUGACUGCCCCACCCACCUGCUCACUUGUUCCCACUUCUCUCAUCAGCCCUGAGGUGUGGCUAAAUUGUGAAAACUAUUAGCCUCUAUGUCAUUUCCUAAGCACUUUUCCUUGACCUCAAUGGGAAACGUUUUGAAGUCAAGGAAAUAUGUGAGGGGAGGAUUCAACCAUGGUGCUAAGAGAAUCCGACUGCACCUACGCUAAGCUACAUAAUUAUGCAAAGGUGGAUGUUAUGGACAUGGGUCUCACGUCGCGGCUUUACAUUUUUAAAUGUUGCAAGGAUUUGUGAUACCUCAUUAUCUCCUGUUCUUUCAUGAAGGAUGGUCCAGUCAGUGUACCCGACGCUUAAAGAGAUAAGAAAGGAAGCAUUGAAGCACUUUUCCUUAGCAUUUACAGAAUCCGACCAGCUCUCAUCAUGGCUGCCACUUAGACAUAUCAGGGUCAUUUCACUCAAUUAAGAGCCAAAAAAGACUAUUCGACCACAACCAUGCAGUAACCUGACCUUCGUCACCCACCUGCUCACCUAAUCCUGCUUUCCUCAUUCCUCCAGCUUUUUAACCCAACUCCUUCUCACUUCACCCCAGCUCCUUUAUAUUAACUGAACAUCUACCUACCUGCCUGCUCGUCGCCCUGCCUGUCUGCCUGCCCACCUGUGACCCCUCAAUAAAACCACUGAAAUCCUCCUGCAGCCUCCUCAACUGUCUGCACUUGGGUCCUUCCCCCGUUGCCACUCUCUCUCUCUCACUGCUGUGACACAAGAGUAGGAACAUCUGCAUUCAUUCACUUAGUGUUGGGGCAAAAAAGGAAUGACAGAAAUACUAAAAUACUUCAAAUCCAGGAUCAUGAAAAAUGCGUUCUCCUCCAAACGUCAGUCAGCAGAGACCUGAGGCAGAGAGUAGAAUGUGAAGAAAGCACAAAGUACAGACGCUAUAUUAAACCAAAACAUAGGUCUGUAAUUCUGCUGUUCUGGCAAAUUCACUAUUUACUGUACUUGGUUAUUGCCAGUAACAGCUGAAUUAAUCAGGAUUAAUUUUUUAAGCUACUACCUUUAAAGCCAAAUCAUCACUUCUUUUUUAAAGCCUAACAGAACCCAAACAGUGGUCCAGAGAUAUUAUUUCCCGAAAUACAGUUCAAAUUUAGCCCCUUUUUUGUGCAAAGAUGAGGAAUUGUUUUACUAAGAUGGAAAAGGCCGCCGUCAUGCACUAAAGUAAUUUAUUCAUGAACAAAGUUUCUUCUUCUGUUGCACUCAUGGUAUGUUUUAUCUGUCAGCUAAUUGCAUAAAAUGCAUGGCACAAUCUUCAACACACAUAAAAUCUUCACUCAACAGGUGAGGACACGCAACAUUACUUCUACUGACUGCCGUCAAACUGUCAAACUUCCCACAAUAGGAGGUGUUUGACCAUAACAUCUGCCCAAGUUUGCAUUUGAUCGAGCAGACGCACUAGUAUUGACUCUGUGAGUGCAAGUGGGCGAGGGACACGCAAACGGCAGUUAAGCUUUAAAGUCGUCAAAACCACAGUUUUCAGUCUUUUCACAAAUUUCAUGAGAUUUUCAGCUCUGGUCAUGUGACCAUCUGCGUCAUUUUAUAAUUGUGCAGUACUUUGCAAAACAGGCGUCUCUUCAUUUCACUGCAUCUAUUUUUUCUUUUCUUUUUUGAAUGUGUGAAUGUCAGUAGAUAGCGGACAAUGAUGCACUUUGGAGACUGUCAAGUCAACACUGUUAUCUUUUCAUGAAAUGUCGGGAUCUUGACAAUGAUCUUCAUGUUUUAUAAACAUUGGUUGUUUCAGAAUGAAAACCUUAGCUGUCUUAAAUAUUCGUGUAAAAAAAAAUCAACAGUGUGUAUGUGUGUGUGUUAAUAUAUAUUGUUGUAUGUUAGCAAGGUUUUUAAACAGCUUAUUGCUUAAUGUUUUCAAGUACUGCUGGCUCGAGACAUUCAAACAUUUUGUACAGUUGAAAAGAGCAUGAAGUACUUUUUCUAGAAAUUUUAAAUUGUGUUUAAUAUAAUGAAUAUUUUUCCCCCACUGUCAACUACAGAAAGAUUUCCAGGCCUCUAAGUGUCAAGGGAUUCACAAGAAAAGCAUGUCCAGAGGACAAAAAAAGAAUGUCGAGGAACUAUUUGGACAAUUGUGACAUAAACAAAAAGCAGCUGGUUAAACUGCAGCAUGGUCGGUGUGAGAUUGGCUCUAUUAACUCAAGUGUUAUGUCAUACAAAAUGUUUACAUGUAUUCAAAAGAUUUUCACCAUGAAAAGCAAAAUGUGGUCAAUGUUUUAAACUGGCAUUUAUGCAAAAGAAAUAUUUUCUGACAAAAAAAAACGAUGUAAGGUACCUUUGUUCAUGUCUUCUUUAUAUAUUUUUUUAUUUUUUUGCACUUUAAAAGCAUUAAAUAAAUCCGAGUUGCAUUUAA